ACACAGUGAUGGAAAGGAAACAGUUGGGAAUAGUUUGAUAUAAGGGGGGAGUGGUCUGAAUUUCACUGUCCUUUAUUGGCGUGGUGAAAAAAGACAGACGCACUUUGGAGUUCACUGCUGGGACGUCUCGCCUUUCUUUCAUCCACAGCGCAGCUUCUGUCUUUCUCUGCGCUCUGGCCGGCUUCAUCCCCAUCCUCCUCUCUCCUUUUCUCUCCUCUGCGUCCUGUCGUGUCUCCUCUCCAGAACAGCUGGCCAAAGGACUGAUUGUGUCUUGGCUGCAGAGGAAAGAGCAAGCAGACUCCACUUACUCUAGCCAAACGGAGGAGCGUCUGCCCAGGAAAUAUUCUCCACUCUCUGACAACUGGAUGGGAAGGAGGAGACUCUUUGACCUUGGAAAAUGAAGAUGUUGUUGCCAUGGGAACUGUUAAUCCUUCUGUCACUCAAAGAGUGCCUUGCUGAGAAUACACGUCAUGGUCCUGUCUUCACCCAGGAGCCUAGUGACAGUAUUUUCCCAAUGAGCACUGGUGAUAAGCAGGUUUUUAUUAAUUGCAAAGCAAAAGGAAACCCACCUCCGCAUUAUAGGUGGAAAGUGGAUGGGAAAGAUAUAAACACAGACUCAGAUCUGAACUACAGCCUUGUAGAGGGGAACCUGUUGAUCAAUAACCCUCAUGUCAUCAAUCACGGAGGAGUGUAUCAGUGCAUUGCCACCAAUACAUUUGGGAUCGUCAUCAGCAGGGAGGCUAAAGUUCAGUUUGCAUUUCUGCAGAACUUCAGCAGGAAGUCCAGGAACACGGUGUCAGUGAGGGAGGGUCAAGCCGUGGUUCUGCUCUGCGGCCCACCACCCCAUUACGGAGAGAUCAAAUAUUCAUGGGUUUUCAACGGACAGCGCAGCUUCCUGCAACAGGACGCCCGUCGUUUCAUCUCUCAGAAGACAGGCAACUUGUACAUAGCCAAAGUUGAAGCCUCCGAUGCAGGAAACUACACAUGUGCAGUGAGAAACAUGAUGACCAACUCCACAGUGUUCAGCUCUCCGACCCCCGUGGUGGUGCGGAGGGACGCAGUGAUGGGUGAAUACGAGCCAAAGAUCGAGGUUCAGUUUCCCGACACCCUUCAUGUCUCCAAAGGAUCAUCGGUGAAACUGGAAUGCUUCGCCUUAGGAAACCCUGUGCCUUCCAUCUCAUGGAGAAGAGCUGAUGGAAAUCCACUCCCUGGCAAGAUUAAAAUCAACCACUCCAGUGGGGUUCUGGAAAUUCCAUAUUUUCGCCCAGAGGAUGCCGGCGUGUACGAGUGUGUAGCUGAAAACAGCAGAGGACGAAAUGCUGCCAGAGGGCAACUUAUAUUCCAAAAUGUUGAACAUCUACAGUGGGUCCAAACGCUGAAAGAUGCCCAUAUGGCGAUUGAUGCAAACCUGCAGUGGGAAUGUAAAGCCAUCGGUAAGCCUAGGCCUACAUAUAGAUGGUUGAAGAAUGGUCAGCCACUAAUUACAGAGGGGAGGAUGCAUGUGGAAGCUGGUAGACUGACCAUAUCCAAGAUCAGUCUGUUGGACUCUGGGAUGUAUCAGUGUGUGGCAGAGAACGAACAUGGAUCUGUCUAUGCUAGCGCUGAGCUCAAGGUUGUAGCCUCACCGCCUGAUUUCACCCGGCGGCCCGUGAAGAAGUCCACAGUGAUCCAGAGGGGGGGUGAGGUGGUGUUGGAGUGUCGUCCCCAUGCUUCCCCCAGAGCCACAGUCUCCUGGUGGAGAGGGGGUGAACUCCUGAAGGACAGCAAGAGACAGACUAUCAUGGAGGAUGGGACUCUGCGCAUCACGAAUAUCUCCAAAUCUGACGAAGGCAGGUACACGUGUGUGGCCAGGAACCUUUUCGGAACAUCCAGCAGCACAGGAACACUGAUGGUGAAAGAGCCCACCAGAAUUGUAGUUCCACCUUUGAGUUUGGACGCCACUGUGGGACAGAGUCUGGUGUUGCCAUGCGAGGUGUCCAGCGAUUCAUCCCUGAGCCCCUUCUUCAAGUGGUUUUUCAACGGCAAAGCUAUUGAUUUCAGCAGGCAGGAGCACUUUGAGAUGAUUGGAGGGGGAUUUGCAGGUGACCUGAUGGUGAGGAACAUUCAGCUGAAGCAUUCUGGGAAGUAUGUGUGUAUGGUGCACACUGAAGUUGACACAGUUUCAGCAGCGGCAGACUUAAUUGUCAGAGGACCCCCCGGGGCUCCGGAGAGCCUGGUGGUGACCGACAUCACUGACACCACUGUGCAACUGUCCUGGAGCUCUGGACCCGACAACCACAGUCCUGUUACCAUGUACAUGGUGCAGGCCAGGACCCCCUUCUCUAUAGGCUGGCAGACCGUGAGGACAGUUCCUGAUUCUGUGCCUGGACAGAUGAUGCAUGCAACAGUGAAAGACUUGAACCCCUGGGUGGAUUAUGAAUUCAGGGUGGUGGCAAUCAACAGUGUUGGUGUUGGAGAACCCAGCACGCCGUCAAAACAGAUUCGAACCAAAGCAGCAGUUCCCAAGGUUGCGCCAGUUAACGUGAGUGGUGGUGGAGGAACUCGAGGAGAACUUGUUAUUAUGUGGGAGCCGGUUCCAGAGGAACAGCAGAGCGGAGAGGACUUUGGCUAUGUUGUGGCUUUCCGCCCGCUUGGCAGCAGCACCUGGAUCCAGACAGUGCUGGCAUCACCUGAUGCAUCCAGAUAUAUUUACAGAAAUGAAAGCAUCGCUCCGCUGUCGCAGUUCGAGGUGACGGUGGGCGUCUACAACAGCAUGGGAGAGGGACCGUUCAGCCGAGUUGUUAGAGUAUUUUCUGCAGAGGAAGAGCCCUCUGAGGCCCCAUCGAGAGUCUGGGCUCGCGCUCUGUCAGCCUCUGAGGUCGAGGUUUACUGGGAGCCGAUCCCCCCCAGGUCCAGCAGCGAGAAGAUCAUUGCAUACGAGGUUCUCUUUUGGGAGGAAGGCUCUCAGCAGAGCGAUGCCGACAUCGUGAGAGUUAUCAACAGCUCGGCUUUGCUGUCCGGCUUGAAGGGCAGCGCAGUCUAUCUGAUCUCAGUCAGAGCCCAGAACAGCGCUGGACUUGGACCCUGCAGCCCUUCUUUUAAUAUCACCACCAAGAAACCACCUCCAAGUCAGCCUCCGGGGAGCAUUGAGUGGAACCUGACCAACUCGAAGAUCUUUCUAAAUUGGGAACAUGUCAAGGCAAUGGACAAUGAGUCUGAGGUGACAGGAUACAAGGUUGUGUAUCGCCAGAACUUUCAUGGCAAGACUACUGUACUGGAAACCAAUAAGACCAGCAUGGAGCUGCAGAUCCCUUCCGGAGAGGACUACCUCAUUGAGAUCAAAGCUCGAACCGAAGGGGGCGAUGGCACCAGCAGUGGUCCCAUCCGCAUACCAAAGAUGUCCAGUCUUAACUCAAAGGGAUGUAUGUGUCCAGUUCCAACAAAGAUUCGUUGUUUUAUGAUGUUUUUUAUAUUUUCUAUGUUCAUUUUGUAGCUUCUGAUGCCUUUAUGAUCAGCUCUGGACAUUUUGAAAGAAUCUGCUGUGUGAUAUUCUUCUACAUGUCAGAUUUGUGGAAUAAAGAGCAACUAAAGAGUUUCUCAAACACCGGUUUGUAAAUCAAAAUCAAAUGAUGAGAACAUUCUGACAGGUUGUCAAAUGCCCACCGAUCUGUGGCUGGUUUGGUACUCACAGGCAACAGCACAAUUAUAAAACAUUUUCAUCUGGCUAUUUUCAGGACCACUGCAACCCUCCAGGAUGCAUGCAUUUGAUAAACGUGGAAAAAUGAAUUUCUUAUCUUUCCCUGAGAAGUGAACAUGAACACAGGUUCAUGUCCCAAUUUCCCCACUCGAUUCUCCAUUUCCACUUAUUUUGCCUCAACUUACAAGCAUUUCCUUGACUUGCUGUGCCCUCUGUGAACAGAUCCAACUGUGAACUCUACAUGCAGUGUGAAAAUGAAGAGUUCAGUCAGUCUCUCUUUCUCUUCCGGUGUUAAUUCUUGGCUUAUAUGAAAACAUACUUGCCACUCAUUGCAAAAUUAAAGAAAUAACUUGACAUUUUAGGAACUAUCCUUUUUGCUUUCCAGCUGUUUUCCCUUUCUCCACUCUUAUUUGCAAAACAAACCUAACUGACAUGCACAGAACUAACUGUGGUAUUGAUUUCCACAAAAUGUCAGGUACAAGUACACGGUGUCUAAUUGUCAAAGUGCAUGCUUGUGUGAAGAGAUUCUGGCAGGCCAACCAGCAACAGUGAUUCAUACCCUGGAUUUAUAUGGCAUGAAGCAGAUCUGACAGUUGCUGCGAAUCCAUGCAGCUCAUAAUCACAUCAAAGUUUCCUUAAUCUUUUUCACAGUUAUUCACUAGUUCCAAGUAGCAUUAACUCAGCUACUUAAAGCUGGGGUAGGCAGCAUUUUUGGCAUCAAUAGGCAAAAACUCCACAUAAACCUUUCAGCAUAAUGUAAUUUAAGUGAUCCGAGAGGAAAUAAAAACAUCUGCGCCUCCUCCUGGCUAAGCCUUUAAGAAGUCUAGCUUGUGAUGGCAGAUUUUAUCCAGUCUUUUCAUUGAUCAGAUGUGGUGAUGCAAUGGAUUAGAUGGAGACUUGCAGUUUGUGCAGUGGGGUUUAAGUUCCAGGUGAAGCAACAUCUUUACCUUGGCUGUCUUGACACAUCUAAAGCAUCAGGGGAGAAGGAAGAGCUGCAAGAGGAGAGGUGUAUAUUUUCAAAUCCUGGCAUUUUUUUGGGGCUGUUUCCACAUUUCUGUUUAUUGCAGCUAUAAGAUAAUACCCAAACAAGCCAGCACAGUUUGUCCACUGUACUUCUCUACUCCGAUAACACUCUGGGACAGUUGGGGGGAAAAAAAUCAAUCAGUGCAGCAGAACCAGAGAUAUUGUCUGUUAUUCGUUAUUCCACAAACCUGACUUCUACAUUACCUAGAUUGCAACCCAAUUGGCAAACAUUUACAGGAAGAUUUAGAGGUGGGUUGUGCUCAAGCAGCUAAAGUAACUUUGAGCUGCGCAUCUCAAGGAGCAAAGCUUGGGUGAGGUCACUUCGUACUCUCAACAGUGCUCUGUCAGUGCAAGAAAAAAGCUGGCUUCACCAAAUAUCUUUAAACCAAUCAUUAUUGCAUCAUGCAGUGCUUAAGCCCAGGAUGCAGUGAUGGUGCCCCCUGCAUAAUAGUGCUGGAUUAAUAGUUCUGGUGGAACAUUUUCCUGCAGGGAGGCUAUCACUGUAGUUAACAUGACAAUUUGCUGAAAUAACUAAGCAGGCCUGUCUUAAUGCAUGAUCCAACCAUUUUUAGUGUUUAAGUUGCUGCUGGGACACUUUUGUUGUUGUUGUUUCCUGUAUUUUGAAAAGGCUAGCACACAGAUAGUGUAAGUGGAGGAGACAGCCAUGUGAAAUUGAAGGUUUUUGCCUGAAGUCCAGUAACUUUUUUCUAACUCCACACCUCAACCAGCAUUGACACAAGUGACUUCACUUGAGGCAGUUUAUCUGAUUCAGUGCAGCUUCCUCUGGAGCCACAAAAGGCUUUUAUACAACUGUUGUCGCAUUUGCAGCAGUACUCCCUAAGCCCUGUAAACAGACUUUGAUAUGUAAAAAAUAGUAGAGUUGUGCUUUAAAUCUGACAGCUGGCAUUUUGUAAUUAAAGCUAACUUCCUACUUUAAUCGCAGCAGUGUUGGUCUUUGCAAAACUUUCAUAAAAAUCUGCUAGUACAUUUACACUUGAUACAUUAAAUAGGACAUAUUUUCGUAAUGGCUGCAUUUCAUCCACUGCCUGUUUUCCCGUUCACUCUUGGUAUCGAGCUUGCUGGCUUAGUGCUUUGUUUGCUUCCACACCUGGGUGGAACAGAGCCACUGUUAAUGGUAUUAACUACAGCUGUGCUGCUCCCACAAUGACAAGUCAAACUGUCUGCUGUGGGAAAAGCUGCUCAGUAAGCAGAAGCUCAGCCUGACUGUUACACACUUGAGCAUAAUUACAUCACACCACUAAUUGCUAAUGCGGCCCAAACAGUGGUAUUUAGUGGGAAAAAGAUUGGCCAGGUAUAGGCCUGUUUUUUCUACGGGUGGAUUGAUAAAUACAAUCCACCUUGUGCUCCAUAGAGGUUCAUUCUGUAGCCAUACAGACAAUUUUCAGUAUGAACACUUUAAUACUAUACAUCCACACAGCUGUGACCAAGUUCAAGCCGUACAUAUCUUCUGUGUUAACGUUAUGCAAAGAAAUACUGGUGCAGCUUAUGAUGCUUUUUAAACACAUUAGAAGGAGAACUUACUGUUUAAACAGGUGGUGUAUUGGUGUUAGUGUUUAACAAAGCUGAUUUGCCUUAUUGAGUUAACAUUUUUCAAACUUACUGCUAACCAGUCUUAACCAUACUGAUUGUAAUUAUUUUGCAAAAGGGCAGGCUUAUCAAAGAUAAAAUAUAGAAUGUUAUUUACUGUUUUUAUUAUAUUUGUUAAGUUGUACUUAGAAUUAGUUGGUCUGGAAGAAAGAGAGGACAAAAGAGGUCAAACUUAAAAUGCCUACCAUUUAUAUUUAUUGUACAUCCAAAAUAAAGAUUAGUAAGUAUAAAAGCUUUCCUGAACAACUGUUUUGUGCAUUUAGUGUCCUUUUUAAAGUGCAAACUACCAACAUUCUGAACACAUACAGUACACCUAUAUUUACAAGUCCAACGAGAAUAUGACAUUUUUGCAUAAUGAGGUUCAUAGGUUGUCAUUUUACAUACUUUAACUGGACACGACUUAAUAUCUCACUAAAAAUGAUUGCAUGGAGUAUUUUGCGGACACAUUUUGCUGAGGCCAAAUAGUUGUAGAGGAACAUUUGAUUGGCUUUCUGUCAGCUGCCAUCUUCAUACAAUAUACUGCUGGGUGAAGUUGACAAACAUUGCAGCUAGAAAUGUAAAGAAAUGUUGUCAUGCUUUAAAUUUUACAUUUGUUUCCUAUUACAGUUUUUUUUGUUAUGUUGUAUAUAAAGUUAUAGUCAACAUAUUUGUGUCACAUUAUUUUUUAUCAUAUAGUACGAUGUGGUGUAAUUAUUUACUAGGUGUAUGUUAUUCUAUAUUUUGUCCUUUACUUAAGUGUGUGAAGUAGUUUGUCUUUUAUGUUUUGUGUGUUCAUUAUUAUUUUUAAAUGGCUAAAGUCAUAUUAUUUAUUUUUUAGCAUUAUUGUUUAAUCUCUCUAUAUAUUUACUGUUUUGCUGUAAAAUGAAACCUCCUUUUAAAUCCCUUUUUGUUUUUUUGGUUUUAUUUCUAUAUUUUUUUCUAGAAUAUGUCAUCAUAAUGUCUCACCUUGAUAUUGAUGAAAAACAUGUUUCUUGUUUCCCUGAAUCUGCAAGUUGUUUAUUCAGUAAUGUAAUACCAUUGUAUUAAUAUAAGAAUAUAUCUCUGUGAGAUGAAAAAAAUCAAUAAAGUUUCACAUUGAAACC